AUGGGCUCUGCGGAUGAAUCGGUCCAGGUGCAUCAAGUUCUGCGCAACAACGAUAUCCUUCGGGAAAUCUUCCAAACCUUUUCUAGUUCCAAAGGCGACGCCAGAGACCUUCUCCAAUCUGCCUGUGUCUGCAAGGCAUUUUCCGAACAUGCCCUAGAUGCGUUAUGGAGGGAACCCCCCAAUCUUUUACCUCUGCUCAAGCUUCUGAAGGAGACAAUAGUGAGAGCGUCACUCGGGCAGUCACCUUUAUAUGUUAUACAAGGAUUGAUCGCAGUGAAUGAUUUUCGCCGAAUGCAACUCUACGCACGGCGCAUACGCUGUCUGGACAUUGAACUGUCUCGUGAACGGAUUGCGCCCUCGGUGUUCAUCAUGUUGAGUCAUUUCGCCCGCGGCAAACCACUCUUCCCUUCGCUACUCAAAUUGCGUUGGAGACAAGCGCAGUCUUUUGGUACGGAGUUGUUGUCCUUCAUGUCGCCAUCGUUGGCCACCAUCGAGAUCACGUCAACAGCAGCUCUAUCAGAAGGUCGGGAUUGCACAUUGGAAUCACUCAUAGGAUUCCUUGUUUCAGAAACCCCUCACCUAAAGCAUCUGAUGCUACGUUGUCAUGUCAUGCGCUCGUCAAGUAUAGAAUAUUUGGCACAUUUCAAAGACAUUCGAACUCUGGAGAUAGACUGUCCAGUCUCUGCACAGUCCGUGACAACCCACCUAUCUCAUCUAAGCAAUCUCGAAGGCAUGACCAUCUGUCUUACUGCACUUGAAGUAGGUGAUUAUCAAGGGCCUAAUGCAGUCUUCCAGUCACUGGAUUCGUUGGAGUUACGCCAAGGUAGCGUAUCGGGGGCGAUACACGUCCUUCAAGCGGCUAUGUUUUCUCCUGUACUCGAUCAUUUCGCCGUCGUGGAACUCCCUCUGAUCGGAUCGCUGCCGAAACUUCAUACUCUUCUCACCAUCCUAUCUCUGCCUGGAGAAAACAGCUCCCUCCGAUACGUCUUUAUCGACUGCAGACCAAUAAAAGGGAAAUUUAGCGCCAAUACUCGAAUUGUGAAUAUCAUUCAACCUCUCUUACGUUUACGGAAACUCGAAGAAAUCUGUGUUUGCCUAGAGCAUCAGAAGAUUCAGUUGCAGGAUGAGGAUAUUCGGGACAUGGCGGCAUCUUGGCCUCAUCUCCAAAAGCUCACAGUAUACCAAGGAACAUUUACAUCUCCCAGGGCAUGCCUCUCUUCCCUACUCCAUUUCGCCAUCGGUUGUCCCCAUCUCACUACUCUCGACUUGCCCGGUAUGAAAAUCGGAAACCUAUCUUCCUUGGUAUUCGAGGAAGUGCCAGUGCUAUCGCACGGUCUGCAGACACUAGAAUUUCGGAUGGACAGCUCGGAGCGCUCGUCUUUGAAGAUUAGACAAUGCGCGCGCUUCCUGGAUCGCCUCUUUCCUCGACUUCAGACAUGUCGUUCUCACCAAGAAGAAGAUCACAACCAGGAUGAGGGGGGGAACAGGGAUCACAGAGCACUGGAAAUCUCUGACCUCUUGCUGGACCUCCAAUCGAGCAGGGCUGAACAAGUUCGGCGUGAUGCGAAACCUCAAUUAUAA